AUCAGGACCCUGUAAUGAGCUCCCCUAGGAAGCCCCGAAGACCUCGGGCCUGGCUGUGCCUGGAGGAGGGCCACCAGCACCAUGGAUUUCUGGGUGCAGUUCAGUGCCCAGAGCCAAGCCAAGGAGCGGGUUUUCAGAGCCGCUCAGUAUGCCUGCACUUUGCUCGGCUACACGCUGCAGAAGAAUGGAGCGAGUGCUGAUUUCCUCAACAGGAUCAAACAGCUUGAGGCUCACAUGAGCCUGGGGCGCAAGCUGUUCCGGCUGGGGAACUCAGCGGAUGCCCUGGAGUCGGCGAAGCGAGCCAUUCACCUCUCAGAUGUGGUCUUGCGCUUCUGCAUCACUGUCAGCAACCUGAACAGAGCCAUGUACUUCGCCUGUGACAACAUCCUGUGGGCGGGGAAGUCGGGCCUCCUCCCUCACAUGGACCAGGAAAAGUGGAGCCAGCGAUCCUUCAGAUAUUACUUCUUUGCGCUGAUCCUGAACCUGAGCAGGGACGCCUACGAGAUCCGGCUCCUGAUGGAGCGGGAGGCGUGCGGGAAGCGUCCGAAGGGCAGCGAGACCAGGCACGUGCUCCGAGCAGACAGCAGUCUCCAGCAGCUGGUGCUGAGGCUGAAAGUCCAGCUGCACCUUCUUGUGCACGUACUGAGGAGCAACCCCCCUCUGCUUGUGGACGUGGUGAAAAACGCCUGCGAUAUCUUCAUCCCGCUGGACAAGCUGGGGCUGUACAAGACCAACCCAGGUUUUGUGGGGCUGUGCGGCCUUACCUCUUCCAUCCUCUCUAUCCUCACCAUCGUUCACCCCUGGCUCAAACUUAAACCUUAAUAGGGAGGACUCACUGGUUGGUAGAGAGAUGUGGAGCCUUUGCCUCUAUGUUGCUGGUUCAAGGCCAGCUCAGGAUGUUAGGGGCCCAAGGCUGCUACCAUCCAGUGGCUGGUACACACUGAAUUUUGGGGGUGGGGGCUCGAUCCUGUGAUAGAACAAGUGUUCACGGUCCGUCACCAGAAUUGAUACUAAUUCACGGCCUCAGCCAGGGAUUGGAUGAACCAUGGAGACUGAGCUCCCCUCUUGUCCCUACAGGAGUUCCGUGCCUCGGUUUCCCCAUCUGUAAAGCCAGGAGGUAGCGAGUAGGGAGGCCUUUGUUGCUGCUGCCCGUGUUCUACCUGGUCUAUGGAUACAGAGUGGACUUCGGUCUCUGCGGCUGGUCCAUCUGGCACCUUUCACGUGGAAGUCCUUUUUUAAAUAUAACACUUGAAGUAUUGUGAGUAACAAGUGCCUGGAGUUCAUGGCUAGAGACUCCUGAGGUGAAUUGCUAAGCCCCGGUUUAUUAGGCAUGCCAGAUAACUUUGAAAGGUGCCGGGGAAGCUCGCCGAGUAAUGGCACUUAACAGUGAUGACAUGGUAUGUCCUAGUUGCGCUGGUGGAGUGCAGGCUGCAGCAUUCCCAGCCGUUUCCUUUGGAUGCCGUCCCCAGUUCUGACACCUCCGCCGUGCCUGGAAACCGUGGAUUUUCCUGCUGCCCUGGCAGCAACAUUAGGUUAGGUUUGAUGCUAGUAAAAUGAAGGUAAACAGCAAUAUUCAAUCUCUCCUCCUGCCUCUCCUAUUUGUUUCAGCCUUGCUCUGUUUUUCCAUUGUUUAUAAAGCACGCAGGGAUGUUCAGGUGUGGAGCAGGGUGACCUGUGAAAGCGGGUAAGUGAAACUGACAUGGUGCGCACCAAUUUGCAGCAAUGCGUAGAGACCGUAAGAUGGGGUGUAAUCUCAGCGCAGGGACAGGACUGAGGACUCCUGGUUCUGUUUUUUUUUCUUGUGCCCUGAAUGACUGUGGACCUUCAUGUCUCUGUGCCUCACUUCCCCACCUGUAAAGUAGGAAUGACACAGACCUACCCUCCUGUUCACCCAGCUAGCCAAAUGCUCACCCAGCUGUUUUUUUAAUGGCUUCUUUGGUGUACUUUAAUAAACUGGAGAGGAGGAGAAAACAAAUGGUGCAAUGCUAACUUUGAAUGGAAAUCUGUAUUGAGAUUGUUUUCAUAAUAAACGUACGUGCUGAUCUGAAA